CUAUACCCCAUGACUACUGCUACGCAAACUCAACCACAACGAGACUCUUCUGAGCCUGAGCUCAGCACCCUAGACCUCUUACUCCAACCACGUCCUCAAUUGUUUAUCAAUUUUCGAGGAAAAGAGCUUCGGAAUGGCUUCUUGAGCCACGUCGUGAAGUCCUUGAAAGAGGUGGGAAUCAACGUUUUCAUUGAUAGCUUGGAGCAAAGAGGUGUAGACACGUUUGAACGCCUCUUAGCGAGGAUCGACAACUCAAAGAUGGCACUAGCGAUCUUCUCGAACAAGUACACGCAAUCAGAUUGGUGCUUAAACGAGCUAGUGAAGAUGGAUGAGCGGAUGAAGGAAGGAAAGCUAGUGGUGAUACCUAUCUUCUACCGAGUGAGCACUGAGGAAGUAAAAAACUUUCAGGGAAAAUUCGGGAGAAAUUUUAGGGAAAUGGUGAUGAGAAGGUUUGGGACUUUUGAUGCUCCUAUGGCUCAACGUUGGAUGAUCGCUGUCACGUCUAUUGCCUCCAAGAUGGGUUUAACCUCAGAAGUCUACAGCAUUGAUAGCAAACUUGUGGAGGAGAUUGUAAAGACGACAUCGAGACAGCUAGGUCAUGUGUCUUCGGCAAACCUAUCGACUAUUUACCAAGUCACAUUAGAGUUUUAUGUGGCUUUCUUUGUUGCCAUCUUUUGUACUGUUUUCAUCCCUUCCGCUUUCACUCAUGUGAAGAUUUUUAGUUCCCCUCAAUGGUUUGUAGCUCACAUGUUUUCCUUCAUCGUCCGGAAAGGCUUUCUACUGGCUUAUGAGCUGAUGCAAAACAGAGGAACAUAUGAGAAGGUGAAUCACCUUAGGUGAUGAUCCACACGACACUAUCAGAUUCGAGUGGGGGAGUUUUAAUUUGUACAAUAUACUUGUCUUUGAACUAAUUGUCUGCCACAAUAUGAAUGUUGAGAAUUUCUGUCGGGGAAAACCCCUGU